GAUCCGAGGUCGCACGUACAAUGCGAGCAGCAGCUUUUAGAGGUCUCGGUCAGCUGCGCGAGGGCCAGCGCUCCAUUAGGUUGUGCCGACUAAGAGGAAAGAAGCGGAGGAAAAAAAGUGUGUCAUCCGGAGCUGGCGAGGAAAGGCGGCCAGCGAACGGAGCGAAAACAUGGACGGCCUGCUGAGGGAUCGUCUCACCAUGCUGGCCGCACUGGGCACGGGUGUCGUCGUCGGCAUCAGCGGCAUCUACCUCUACUACCGGCUCAACCGCACGGUCAGUCGCGAGCUGAGCAGCCUGGCGUGCAGCAUCGCCGACCUCCGGCGAGAGAUCGAGCAGCUGAGGACCGAGGAAAGGGGCGAGACGCCCGUCAAGUCCGACUCGGCGCCCUUACAGCACUCCCUGCGGGAAGACGACGAAGACGACGAGUACUACGACUUCACAGACGUCGAGGACGCCUCGUGGACGGGGCUGCGUGAGGCCGGAGACAGCGCGUGGCUCGACUCGCUCGAUGCUGAGCUGGACCGGCCUGGGGACAAGCAAGCGCUGCUCACAAGCAUGCUCGCUCGCGAGUCACAGUAUUCCCGCUCGUGCGCCUACUUCUGGCGGCUCGCCAAGGCAUCACACCUGUACGGCUUGCAGUUGAGGCCUGGCCGCGCUAAAGAAGAGCUCGCUCGUCAAGCAUUUGCCCGUGCCCAGCAGGCCCUGCGGCUAGAUGAGUCGAGCCCGGAGGCGCACAAGUGGUUUGCCAUAACGCUCGGCGCACUCUCCGAGUACGUCAGCACCCAGGAGAAGAUUGAGAAUGGCUACCGCUUCAAGGAACACGUUGACAAAGCGGUGCAGCUCAAGCCCCAGGACCCGACACUCCACCACAUGCUGGGACGCUGGAGCCUUGAGGUUGCCACGCUCUCGUGGCUGGAGCGCAAGCUGGCCGGCGCCCUUUACAGCCGUCCGCCCGACUCGACUGCGCAGGAAGCAAGGGCCCACUUUUGA